CUACCUCCUACCAAUACCUACACCAUGCCCCGAAUCACAGUGGGCGUCGCCCAAUCCCGCACCCAGGACAGUCCAUCCGCGACCCUGGCCGCUCUGGAACGCACCACCGUGCACGCCUCGCACCGCGGCGUCCGACUCCUGCUCUUCCCCGAAGCGUAUCUCGGCGGAUACCCACGCACCUGCGACUUUGGGGCCUCCGUAGGCGCUCGCGCCCCUCACGGCCGCGACCAGUUCCUCUCCUACUUCCACUCAGCGAUCGAUCUAGGCGACACCCCCCGCGGCGCAGGCGACGACUGGGUGCACCGCCGCCUCCCGCUCGCCAGCGGACGCGACCACCGCGGCGACGGCACCCGGGAGACCCUCGAACGGAUCGCACGCGAGACGGGCGUCUUCAUCGCGACGGGGAUCGUCGAGCGCGCCGGAGGCAGCUUAUACUGCUCGCUUGUCUAUGUGGAUCCUCACCGUGGCAUGCUCGGCAAACGACGCAAGGUGAUGCCCACGGGCUCGGAACGGCUUGUCUGGGCGCAGGGCGCCGCAGAGACCCUCAAGGCCGUCACGGCGGAGAUUGACGGCGUGAGGUUGGUUAUCGGGGGGGCCAUCUGCUGGGAGAAUUAUAUGCCCUUGCUUCGUCAGAGUCUGUAUGCCCAGAACGUCAAUUUGUAUCUUGCUCCCACCGCGGACUCAAGGGAUACUUGGUUGCCUCUUAUGAGGACUGUUGCGGGCGAGGGCCGCACUUUUGUUCUUUCUUGUAACCAGUGUGUGCGUUAUGGUGAGUUGCCGGAUUGGGUGAAAUCUUCUUCUUCUUCUUCUUCUUCUUCUUCUUCUUCUUCUUCUUCUUCUUCUGCUCCUCCUCCUACUUCCAGGCUGGAGAGAAAACACUCCGUCACGGCAGAAGGUAUCCAUGAAAUCGUCUGGCCGGAUGCACCGAGCGGGCACAUUGAAAAGACCGACAAGACCGACAAACCCGACAAGACCGUCCAAGAUCAGUCUAGUUACGUCUGCCGCGGCGGUUCCUGCAUCAUCGGUCCGUUAGGCGAAGUCCUCGCAGGGCCUAUCUGGGAGGUAUGCACGGAUGACAACGCCGGUCGUGAGCCGGCUACAGGCGACGGUCUGCUCGUCGCCGAGAUCGAUACCGAGGAUUGCGAACGGGGCCGCCUCGAUCUCGACGUGGCGGGCAGUUAUUCGCGGAGUGAUGCGUUCAAGUUGACUGUGGAAGGGUUAGAUUUGAAUCCUCCUCCUUGACUUUACUGUACUUUGGCGCUAUAAGUACUCAAUUCAACUCAAUACAAUGCAAUCAAUAUAAUGAAUAUCAAUUAUACCUGCUGUACCUCUAUACUAGCUAGUAGCUACACAUACACUGGCGUCUUGGCCAAUACGUUUGUCGGUCCCCUCCCCCGCACCUCGACAUGCACAAACGUCGCCAGCCGGACCCGUUCGGUCCCCGAAUCUGCCUCGUCGCGCUCCUUGUCCUUGGCCA